CUGCCGGUUUGGGGCUCCGGGACGUCGGCGGGCUGCGGCAGGAGGGACGCUGCCGCCGGGCCGAGCGGCGGGAUGGCGGACGCGUCGCUCCGGUACUUCUGGGAGCAGGGGAGGGUCAGCCGGAUGGACGCCGCCGAGGUCAGCUGGACCCACGCUGCCAACAGCAGAGCCCGGCUGAUGGAGGCGCUCACAGGUGGGUGCCAGCCGGCGUCCACACCGCCCGAGCCCGAGCCCAAAACCCUGAGCCCGAGCCCAUAUAGUCCCCGGCCCAAUCCCGGUCCCUGCCACAUGAUAGAAGCUGACGUCAUCCUGAGGGGCUGUGAGCCCACAGAACCCGUCAUGGCUCAUCCCCCUGACACGGACAGCGAUAUCACGCUCAGGGAGUGGCUGGAGGGGGUGAGGGAGCACAAGAAGGGAAUAAAACUGGACUUCAAGAGCCUGGAGGCCGUGGCGCCGUCCCUCCCGCUGCUGACCGAGCUGCUGGCCGAGCAGAAGCUGCCCGUCUGGAUCAACGCAGACGUCCUUUGUGGCCCCGGGGGCCGGGCCCGGCCUCUGGAGCCCGCGGCUUUCCUCUCGGCUCAGGGGGGCCCAGUGACAGUGAAGGGGUCUUGGUUGACCGGUGGCCCUCGUGUGUGUGCAGGUUACAGCUGGGAGGAGGUGCACAGGAUGGAGGAGGUGUGCGAAAGCCUCCCGAACCCGGUGACUUUCCCGGUGCGCGCCGCCCUGCUGGCGGAGUCCUUCUCCCAGCUGUCCUGGCUGCUGCAACAGUCCCCCAGGUACACUCUGACGGUGUGGACGGGGGAAAAGGAUGACUUUGCCCUCCGGGACCUGCUGCCCUACAGACAGGAGUUCCACCUGAGCAGGAUCUACUACGACCUACCCGACCCCGUAAGAACCCAGCUGGGGAUGGCGUCACGACACCAGAGCACCGACGUCUGA